UCAGACCGCGGCGGGAUGUCGUCAUCUGGCGUUGAGCUCAGGACCAGGCGGGUCAGGCGACAGCAGCAGCUCCUGCUAAUGAAUUUGCAUCUUCUAGCCAACCCCGGAGACUCUCUGCUGCUGCAGCACACACUGGACCGCCUGCUGCGCUGGCUCUGCCCAAGCCUCCGCAUCUUCCAUGUGUCAGAGAGGGCCGCACCAUUCAGGAGCUACACCCGCCUCUGUCCCGUGGCAGGCUACCCUUCCAUGGCCAUCACUUUCUUCCUCCACGAGGCCUACGGGGAGGAGCGAAUCCUCAAAGUGCUGGACUUCUUCCAAAGGCCUCCGUGGCAGUACCAUCACACAGAGAGCGGCGGCAACCGAACCGGGGGGAUUCACAUCACCUCCACCAGCUCCCCCGCCAACCCCCUGCUACAGCCCUACCUCCUGCCCAGCAGAGACUUCUACAGUUUGGGAGCGGGGAUGCCCGUGUGGGGGGUUCGACCGGUACACUGCGGUGGAGAAAUACUGCGUGUGACACUGUACAGUGGAUACGACAACUACGAGGAUGCUGUGCGGCUGUACGAGACAGUGCUGCAGCAGCAGGCAGAGGAGCAGAAGGCCGGCUUCUGCUGGUUCACGCUCCACACAGAGCCAGGGUUGUGCCUGCAGCUGGCGUUAAAGCAGUUGUCACCGGGGGUGCGGGUGGAGCCGUGCAUAUCCGCCGUGCUGCAGUUCAGUGUGGAUGAAAUUGGACAGCUGGUCCCACUGCUGCCUAACCCCUGCACACCCAUCAGCAACACACGCUGGCAGACUGAAGACCUAGAUGGCAACAAGGUUCUUUUUCAGGUGAAAACUCCAGCUCAGCCUCAGCGACCUCUGACCUGUGCUUUCCCCCCGACCUGCCCCAGCGUAUCCCCUCGGGGAAUCCAGCUCAGGAGCUCGGGACAGGGCCACAGCCUGUCGCCCUGCAGCCUCACCACCCCCCUGCCCUGGCAAGCGCACAGGCAAGGUCAAAGGCCUCUCCUGGACAAGCAUCAUGGAGGAGGAGGAGGUGGAGCAGAGAGCCUGGGAUCAGGCAGCUGCUGCAGCACCCCUCCAGGCAGCUCCUGUUACUCAUCCCAGCACAGCAGCCCCGCACCGCCCUCCUCCUCCAAUCAACCGGACUCUCCUCAGCGCCCCUCCAUCAGCCACUCGCUCUCCCAUCUUCUCCUGGAAGAGGACGAGGAGGAGCCAGAGACCAACGUAGACACGGGAGUUCCCAUCUCGCCUUGCUCUGAUGUGACGGUCAAACCCCUCACCCGCUCUGCCUCCGUAGACCUUUUAAUGACUUGUCACUCGGACAGACCUGCAGCCAUUGGGGCUUCCGCUGCCGAGAGUCUUGCCAGGGAGUUGAGGGAGUGUCUGCCACAGACACACACACUGCCUCAGGGCCCCUCCAGGACGCGGGGCUCUGCUGGUUUUACAAAUGGCGGCAGGGAGGGUUGUAACAGCAGGACUGGCGAAGUGGGACAGAGUCCCUUCAAAGGGCCUGUGGUUGAGAAGAGGACUACUGCUGCACUGCUAUCAGCACGCACAAACAAUGAGGAGCCAGUAGAUGAGUUCUUCAUCUAAAAUCCUGCCCCUGUGCCACAUGCUGUGUUAAUAAUCACAGUGCAAUUCCAAACAUAUCACAUGGAGAAGAUGAGACACCUCAAGAGGAUCAGAAGUUUAACAGGAGGACAUGUCGUGUUCAGGAAACCAAAGUUCAGCUGCACGAGUGUCUUUCCACUCCAGUGUCUUAAUGUAUGAACUCUUAAAAUGGUUUGACUUGUCCCACAUGUACAGUAACAGUGCCACUGUCCACAUCCUACCUUACUGUUCAAAGAGUGGCACAAGAUGACCGCUAUGAAGCUAAUAAGACUGUUAAAUAUCCUAUUACCUUAUAUUUUACCUUGUUGAAGAUUGUUUAUUGUCCAAAUUACCUUUAUGUAGAUCAUACAAACGAUCUGUGCAGCUAUUGCUCUAACAUGUAGCCCGGUGAACAGUUAACAUGAAGGUUAUGUUUUGAAUGUGUUACUGUCAGGGUUGUAAUGCCAGUUUAGUUCUUUGUGACUUUUCUCAGAUAGACAAUCUUUUAUUUUUAGAUUACCUUUAAAACAGAUAAUGACCUUAUUGUGUAGGAGCUCUUUGUUGAUGAGGAUUAGAGAUCUGAUUUAAUCUGAUUACUCUUCACACUGCAGCACUGUCAGUCUGUCACAGAACACAACUUUACCUGUCACCUUUAACCCAGUGGCUUUUCAUUGCAUUUUUCAAAUGCACAUAAAAUGAUCAUUGUAUUUGUGUUGUAAAGUAGCCAUGAUGGGUCGGACCCGGCCAAAUUAUUGUUGGGAAGUGCAUUUCAUUUUAACAGAUUAUGAUAUUUUCCUCCGCCCACUGCUGAAAGGGAUUUUUUAAUGACUAGACAAAAGAACAUUUUGAUAUUAACCAUUAUUAUGUAAGGUGUCUGAAAUGUGUGCUCAGCCUGAAGCCUGAGAAAUGUUAAUUACUGUAAGUCUGCAGUAAACUGAGGGAUCAGCAGAGUUUAUCCUAAGUGAAAACUUAAGAUGCAAGUAUUGGACUGAUCUCUCACACACACAACAGAUGGCAGCAGAAAACACACACACUUUGCACAGUGCAUAGAAUCAUUGCAGUGAUUAAUGCUGUUUAGAGACUAGUUAAAUUAAAGAUAACAUUCUAUUAGGUCGAGGGGGAAGUUAAAUCAUUUCUCUCUACUUUGGUCUCCUACACACAUUAUGUUAAAACUUUCCCUGUUGACUUAAUCUGUGGAUUGUUGCCAGUGUCUGAAUCAAAUGCAUAUGAGUGAAUAUAUGAGCUGCUACUGGUCAAUAUCAUAUAUGACAGUGGAUGCGCAGUGCAGCUCCAACAUGUGAAUUUGUUUACAGUUAAUGGGUUUUACUGGAAAAAGAGAAGAAUGCUGAGUUAAGAAGAAUUAACUGUGACAAUGUUCAGUGUCUCAAAGGUUCAGUGAUGCAGAGAAAUUCUUUUUAGACCAAGAAUUAAAGACAGUUAAAGAAAA